UCUUCAUGAAGAAUCCCAAUCCCAUUCCUGCAUUGAAUUUACUUUGAAGUGAUAUGGGAAGCAGAGACGACAAUGGCCCUAACCUAUCUCGUGGACAUCUCUAAUUCAAAAUGAAGCAGAAAUGAAGAAGAUAGUAAUAAGAGGGUAGCUUCAUGAAUCUAAUCUAACAAAUCACAACAACCAUGAGAGUCAUCAACAAUCUCAAAAGUCAAAAAACAAUCCCUCAUUAUUCAGAAAGGCACCAGUUGGAUCACCCACCCAAUCUGUCCAGUCUUCAUCUCUUUCUUCUACUUCCAACUUUAUAUAUUGUAAAAUUCAUAAACACAGAGCACAGAUCAAAUCAAUUAACAAAGAAAUCGAUGGAAAUUAGAAGCGCGAUGGCGAAAAUGAUAGUACUACUGGCCGUAGUAGGUUGCGCAACCAUGGGAAUGGCUCAAAAUCAAGACACAUCGUGUGUGAAUAGGUUAAUUCCAUGUUUAAAUUACCUAAACGGAACUGGAGAUCCGCCGGAAAGUUGCUGUAAUCCUCUGAGAUCGAUCAUCGAUUCGAAUCCUGAUUGCCUUUGUGGUUUAAUUAGCAGAGAAGGAAGCAAUCGAGCAGAGGCGGCCGGCAUCGAUAUCAAUCAGGCCCAACUCUUGCCCGCUCGAUGUGGGGAACAUGUUAAUCCUCUCUCUUGCCUCACCGCUAAUAACGCCGGCUUGCCCUCCAUGUCUUCAACUCUUCAAGUAAUUACACUUGCAACUUCCACCAUGCUUAUCAUGCCUUCAAUUCUUCAUUUUUAGGUUUUGUUUGUACCCAUUUAUCCAUUAUGCCUCUCUCCCUUAUUAAUAUAAUGUAAUCUUUUGCUUUAAAGGCUAAAAAAUGAAAUUUUAUCUUUUCGUAUUCAAUGUAUCAUCAUGAUUCACAUGACUAUGAAUAAUUUUUUUUUAAGGACCCAUUGCAACUUUAUUAGAAAGUAAAUUGAAAAUUUGGAGCG